AUGGCAGACACCAUGCAGGCCUCUACCACACAAGGUUUACUGGAGCCACUCGAGGUUCCAAUCGACAGGCUGUUUACUGACUUCUGGAAGAGGCUCGAGAGCAGACCAAGCCUGCCUGCAGAAAAUCCACGAACAGCAAAUCCGCCACUUGGCUCACCUCAUCCUACCCAAUGCUCACCAAGCUUGAACAGCCGGAAGGCCUAUACAGUACCCCACGAGCUGCGGAGGAGACGG